AUGAUCAUGUUGAGAAGCCGCCUUUUUAGCUCUGUAAUCUUUGUUCUCACUCUUAUUUACUUGGUCUGUACAGUAUCUGCCUCUCCUUCUCUUCAUCCAGAUGAAGUGGAAGCGCUUAAGGAUAUUGCAUCAACACUAGGUGUCAAGUACUUGAACCUAAGUGAAGAUCCAUGUCUCACAAAGACUCUGGUGAUAACUCAAGAUGUUCUCAAGGAAGGACAGAAUAGCACUAUCAGAUGUGACUGUCAUUUCAACAACAACAACACUUGUCAUAUUACACACUUUAUCAUUAAAACAUUCAGUCUUCCGGGUAAACUUCCACCAGAAUUUUCUAGGCUUCGGUAUCUUGAACUGAUUGACUUGUGCCGUAAUUACCUUUAUGGCUCAAUUCCUAUGGAAUGGGCCUCACUACCUUUCCUGAAAUCUAUCUCUGUUUGCGCAAACCGCUUAUCAGGAGACAUUCCCAAAGGAUUAGGGAAGUUUAUUAACCUCACUCUCUUAGUUCUUGAAGCCAAUCAAUUCUCUGGAACUAUACCUAAGAAACUGGGGAAACUUGUUAACUUAGAUGGAUUAACACUCUCUUCAAACCAAUUAGUUGGAGGCGUACCCAAGACACUAGCAAGACUAAAAAAUCUGACAAAUCUCCGUUUCAGCGAUAAUCGCCUUAACGGAUCAAUUCCAGAGUUCAUCGGGAACUUAUCAAAACUUGAAAGAUUAGAACUAUACGCGAGUGGCCUAACCGAGCCUAUUCCAGAAUCCAUAUUUCGUCUAGAGAAUUUGGUCGACCUGAGGAUCAGUGACACAACUGCUGGACUGGGACAAUUUCCUUUAAUAACUAGCAAGAAACUGAAAUUUCUGGUUCUCAGAAACAUGAACUUAACAGGAACAAUCCCAACCAGUAUCUGGAAUCUUCCCAAUCUCAUGACUCUUGAUGUUUCUUUUAAUAGACUGACUGGAGAAAUACCAGCUGAUGCAAGAGCGCCAAAAUAUACAUAUUUGGCUGGAAAUAUGUUGUCAGGAAAAGUUGACUCAGGACCUUUCAUUACUGCAAGCACCAAUAUUGAUCUUUCUUAUAAUAACUUCACAUGGUCUCCAAGCUGCAGAGAGAGGAAGAAUGUAAACACAUAUGAGAGCUCGCGUUCAAGAAACAGUCUAACAAGAAUUCUUCCAUGUUCAGCCAUAAAACAAUGUCAAAAUUAUAGUAGGUCGCUUCAUAUAAACUGUGGAGGACCUGAUGUAAUUAUCGAAAACACUCGAGGAAGGUUUCUAUAUGAGGGUGACAACAAUGGACUAACCGGGUCGGCUACAAACUAUCAUGGGAAAAGCUGGGGAUUCAGCAAUACUGGUGACUUUAUGGAUGAUGCAAUUACAGAAGAUACAUACUCAAUUUCAUCAGAAUCUCUAGUAUCAGCAAAAUAUCCUGAGCUUUACCAGACAGCUCGGCGUUCUCCCCUGAGUUUGGCUUACUUUGCCUUUUGUUUUGAAAACGGAAGUUACAAUGCGAAACUCCAUUUUGCGGAGAUUCAGUUCUCAGAUGAGGAACCAUACGCUAAACUAGCUAAACGGAUUUUUAACAUUUACGUUCAGGGGAAGUUGAUUUGGAGGGAUUUCAGCAUCAGAGAUGAGGCUAAUGGAACUCACAAGGAAGUUAUAAAAGAAGUGAACGUGACUGUUACUGAUAACACUCUAGAGAUAAGGUUAUACUGGGCGGGGAAAGGCACAACGAUCAUUCCUAAAAGAGGGAACUAUGGCUCUCUUAUCUCUGCCAUCUCAGUCUGUCCCAGUUCGGAAUCUGAAUGUGGCGUUCCGGUGCAAAUACUUCCAGUCACAAAAGAACAAAAACCAAGAACAUAUCCUCUCGUUCUUGGCAUAACAGUUUUGAUAAUCUCUCUUGCUUUCUUGAUUUUGGGAACGUUUUAUUGGAAGAAAUGUGUCAGCAAUGCGGAUGCAGGCAAAAGAGGUUCCUUUAGUUUGAAGCAACUAAAAGUUGCAACUGGCGAUUUUGAUCCCUCAAACAAGAUUGGAGAAGGCGGCUUUGGAUCUGUAUAUAAGGGGAGAUUACCAGAUGGAACUUUGAUUGCAGUGAAGAUGCUAUCUUCCAAAUCACGUCAAGGCAACAAAGAGUUUGUAAACGAGAUCGGUAUGAUCGCAUGCCUGCAGCACCCGAACCUUGUGAAGCUAUACGGAUGCUGUUGUGAGAAUAAUCAGCUUCUUCUUGUCUAUGAGUACUUGGAGAACAAUUGUCUUGCCGAUGCAUUAUUUGGAAGAAGCGGUCUAAAGCUAGAAUGGGGAACAAGACACAAGAUAUGCUUAGGGAUAGCGAGAGGGCUUGCGUUUCUUCAUGACGAUUCAGCGGUUAAGAUCAUACACCGAGACAUCAAAGGAACAAACGUACUGCUAGACAAGGAUCUCAACUCAAAGAUCUCGGAUUUCGGGUUAGCUAGGCUCCAUGAAGACGAGGAGAGUCACGUUACCACCAGAGUUGCAGGAACAAUAGGAUAUAUGGCUCCUGAAUAUGCAAUGAGAGGUCAUCUAACAGAAAAGGCAGAUGUUUACAGCUUUGGUGUGGUGGCAAUGGAGAUCGUAAGUGGGAAGAGCAAUGCAAAUUACACACCAGAGAACGAAUGUUGCGUUGGCCUUCUCGAUUGGGUACUGAGCCAAAUCCGUAUCUUUAUUUUCUCCAUUUCAGGCGUUUGUGCUGCAGAAGAAAGGAGAUUUUGCGGAGAUUAUGUACCCGAGGCUGGAAGGAGUGUUUGA